GCGAAGCCAACCCAUGCUCUCGAGAGAUCGUCGACGUGAUGGGUUCUGCCCGGGGGGGCAAGGCGCACAGCUCCCCUGGCUGCGGCCAGUCGGGCGGCCGCCCCUCCGCGCCGCCUCUGCCCCUGGCCCGCGUCGUCGUCUGGCGUCGGCGCCGUCGCCCUCGCCCUCGCCCUCGCCCUCGCCCAGGGCCCGCACGCGGCCAGCCCCUCGCAGACGGCGUCCUCGCGCCGUCGCUCGGCCCCGCGCUGCGCCGGAGCAGGAGCGGGAGCCAGCCAUGAUGCAGGGCGCGGGCCGCCCGCCGCGCGGCGGUUGUGGCGGCGCGCCGGUGCCCGCGGCCGCGCGCGCGGCCCCGCCCGCGCCCAGCCUGCCUCCCCCGCCCUCACCCGCGCUGCUCGCCGUGGCGGCGGCGGCGGCCGGCGCCGUGGCGCGGCGGCGGCCUGAGGCCUGGGCCCGCCGCGAGGGGGCGCGGCGGGGCCUCCUGAGGGUGCGGCGGCGCCAGCUGCCGGCGGCCGAGAUGCAGGCCGCCCUGGAGGAGGUGCGCGCCGCGGCCGCGGCGGCGCCGGCGGCGCACGGAGGGCCGGCGGCCGAGGAGGAUCUCGGCAGCCUGCGCGUGGCGGAGCUGAAGGGGAGACUGAAGGCGCUUGGCCGCAAGGUGUCCGGCAGGAAGGCGGAGCUCGUCGCGCGCCUCCGAGAGGCCGCAGCGGCGGAGCGGCCCGACAUCGAGGGGCUUCGCGUCGAUGAGUUGAAGGCGAGGCUGCGCAGACUGGGCCGCAGAGUGUCCGGCAGGAAGGCGGAGCUCGUCGCGCGCCUCCGCUGCGCCGCUGCCGAGCCCGCGCCAGAGCCCGAGCAGGCGGCAGGGGCGCACAACUGCCCUCGGCUGCCUUGCGUCGGCGGGGGCAGCCUCCACGGGACGUCCGGCGCCCCGGGGCCGGAGGCCGCCGACGCCGCGGCCGCCGCGCCGCGGUCGACGGAUGGCGCCGACCCCAGGCAGAUCCUCGAGACAGUCUUCGGCAAGAGCGACUUCCGCGGCGGUCAGGAGGAGGUCAUCGCCGCCGCCCUGGCUGGGCGCGACAGCUGCAUGUUCUGGGCGACGGGCUCUGGGAAGUCCCUGUGCUACCAGAUCCCGGCCUUCGCCUCGGACGCAGGCUGCGUCGUCGUGGUCUCGCCGCUGAUCGCGCUGAUGCAGGAUCAGGUCAUGAUGCUCAAUGGCCUCGCGGGCAAGGGCGCGCGGCAUGCGGCCACGUUUCUGGGCUCCGCGCAGGCGGAUCCCGACGUGGAGGCCCGGUUCGCCCGCGGUGAGUACCGAGUCGUGUACAUGGCGCCGGAGACGCUGCUCCGCGACCACGAGAGUCCUCUCCGCAUCAUGUCGGAGCUGUCCGCACGGGGCGUGCUGAAGCUGGUUGCUGUGGACGAGGCCCACUGCAUCUCGCAGUGGGGGCCCAACUUUCGUGUCGAGUAUUCGCACCUCGGGCGCAUCCGCCAGGAGGUGCCAGGCGUUCCCCUCAUGGCUUUGACGGCCUCUGCGACUCCGCGGGUCCGCCAAGACAUUAUCCGCAACCUCGGCCUGAGAGACCCACACGUGAGUGUGGGCUCUUUCGAUCGGCCCAAUCUGUUCAUUCAGGCCAGGCCCCGCAUCACCGGUUGUCUGGACUUCCUGGUUGACCUGAUUCGCGCGGAGGCUCGCUCGGGCGGCGGCAUCGGGCCAACCAUUGUGUACUGCGUGAGGAAAGUCAUGGCAGAGCGCAUCGCCGACAAGCUCAAGCAGGACCUGGCUGCCGCGGCCGUGCCAAACGCCGCCCGCGUCGUGGGCUUCUACCACGCGGGCAUGACCGACGGCCAGCGCGAGCAGACGCACCGCGCCUUCCUCAGCGGCGCCAUGCCGGUGUGCGUGGCCACCGUGGCGUUCGGCAUGGGCGUCGACAAGCCGAACAUCCGGCGGGUGAUCCACUACUGCCCCCCGGCGACCAUGGAGAGCUACUACCAGGAGGUCGGCCGCGCCGGCCGCGACGGGCUGCCGAGCUCCUGCGUGCUCCUGGCCACCGAGGAGGACUUCCAGGCGCAGAAGUUCUACCUCUGGGGCCUCCGCGGGAAGCCGCGCCAGGCCGCGGAGGUCUCGCUCCGGGCCCUGCAGGACCUGUGCCUGGCGCCCCCGCCGGCGUGCCGGCGCGCGGAGCUGCUGAGGUUCUUCGGGCAGGGCCUGCCGCCCGGGCCGCGGCGCGGCUGCUGCGACGCGUGCGAGCAGCUGCUGGCCCAGGGGGCGCCUCCAGGA